AACGGUAUAGUAACCAGUGAUAUCCCUAUCACUUAGAGUUGAAUCGUUUCCGCCUAAACCUGGAAGAGUUGGAGCAGCAGUACCCAUUUUGGAGACAGUGUUGAAAGGAAGCAAAAUUCACUGUCAUUUAAAUAUCUGGCCAGUUUAAAUAGGCUUAGUAUUACAUUUUGUGCACACUUAAGCGCAGUUCAGAUGGUCGACUUUGGUGAUCCUUCAUCUUUAUAGUCGAGGCUAGUCGUUUUCUGUUAUGGCUUAGGUUAUGUUGUUUUUUUCAUUCUUUUUUAUGAUAUGUUCAAAUCUUGAAUUCCGUAAAGAGAGAUAAAGGAGGUUAAGAAAGAUAAAAAAAAAAUGCUUAUAAAAACUGUUAAAUGAGAGUUUUUGAUUAACAAUAUUCUAAAAACUCAGUUAAUAAUAGACUAUAAUCUGCAUAACUGAACUCUAGCAUAAGGCUUCUUGUUAUUUAUAUCAUGUUCAACUCUAAUCAAAGUCAUUUCUUCCCUAUCUUCCACUCCGUUAAUUUUAGUCAUUAUAUUUGUACUUUUUAAUACACCUUUGAAUUUGGCCUUCCAUGGAAACCACUCUGGAAGGCGGAAGGCGGAAGGCGGAAAGCAAACAGCAUUUCAGGGCUUCACUCAAUGAAACGACAUGUCGUUUGGGUGCCGGGUUUUACGAGACUGUUGCGUUGGCAUCGUUCAUCUGUUCCCUACAAUUUCUGCUUCUAUCGGCUUCUCUCCUUCUGAGCUCAAAUGCUUUUCCAUAACCCUCGUCAUUUGGUCUUCCUAGUUCGUCCUCUGUUGCAAAGGUCAAAGCUUCUUCCAUUCCUUAGAGUUCGAACACAACGCUUCUUUUCCCAUUCGGCACAAUCAUGGCUAUCUAUGCCGGGUAACUCUAUCAUCGAUUGGCCGUCACUACCAAUCCAAGAACGCAACCCUGACCCGAACCCGAAAUCGAAUGCAGGCUCUAACUUCUCGCGGGAUGAUUUUUCCACCAUUGCCACUCUCUUUGCCGAUCCUUCUAUCUCUCCGGGUCCAGCUCUGGAUAAUGCACUUGAUCGGGCAGGAAUUGAGCCGGAUCCGACUCUGCUGCAAGCGGUAAUCAAUCAUUUCGAUUCUUCCCCCAAGUUACUCCACACGCUGUUUCUUUGGGCUCAGAAGCGACCAGAGUUCCAGCCCAGUGUGACGCUUUUCAACUCUAUGAUCAACGUUCUUGCCAAAUCGAGGGAGUUUGAUUCCGCUUGGAUUUUGCUUCUUGAACGGAUUGAUAGCCACGAGGAAGCCAUCUUCGUUUCCGGAGAUACCUUUGCUAUAAUGAUCAGACGUUACGCACUUGCAGGCAUGUCACAAUCUGCAAUUCGAACAUUUGAGUAUGCUAGAAAUUUAAAGCCAAUUCUGGAUUCGAACUCAGAAAUGAGAUUGUUUGAGAUAUUGUUGGAUUCCCUUUGUAAAGAAGGGUCUGUCAGAGCAGCUUCAGAGUAUUUCCUACGGAGGAAGAAGAUGGACCCAUUAUGGGUCCCAUCAGUUCGGAUAUAUAAUAUUAUGCUAAAUGGAUGGUUUAGAUCAAGGAAACUCAAACAUGCAGAGAGAUUUUGGGCAGAGAUGAAGAAGGAGAAUGUAAGACCAAGUGUGGUGACUUAUGGCACCCUUGUGGAAGGAUAUUGCCGGAUGCGUCGUCUUGAAAAGGCCAUUGAAUUGGUUAGUUCUAUGACCAAACAAGGAAUUGAACCAAAUGCAAUUGUUUAUAAUCCAAUAAUCGAUGCAUUAGCAGAGGCUGGGAGAUUCAGAGAGGCUUUGGGGAUGCUGGAGCGCUUUCUUGUUUUAGAAACUGGCCCAACUAGCUCAACUUACAAUUCUUUGGUGAAGGGAUUUUGCAAGGCAGGAGAUCUUGUUGGUGCCAGUAAGAUUCUUAAGAUGAUGAUAAGUAGGGAUUUCAUGCCCAGUCCCACCACCUAUAACUACUUCUUUAGGUACUUCUCAAGAUGUGGGAAAGUUGAUGAGGGUAUGAACCUUUAUACCAAGAUGAUUGAAUCUGGUUAUACCCCUGAUCGGCUUACUUAUCAUCUUUUACUGAAGAUGUUAUGUGAAGAGGGGAAGCUGAACUUAGCAGUUCAAGUCAGUAAGGAAAUGAGGCACAAGGGAUAUGACAUGGACCUCGCCACAUGUACUAUGUUGGUUCAUUUGCUUUGCAAAAUGCAUAGGUUGGAAGAGGCUUUUGCAGAGUUUGAGAACAUGAUACGGAGGGGUAUAGUUCCACAGUAUCUCACAUUUCAGAGAAUGAACAAUGCAUUAAAGAAGCGAGGGAUGAUUGAAAUGGCACGGAAACUAUGCAGCUUGAUGUCUUCUGUCCCUCAUUCUACUAAUUUGCCAAACUCAUAUGUUGAAGACAUAGAUGAAGCACAUGCCCGGAGACAAUCUAUAAUGCAGAAAGCCAAAGCAUUUUCUGAUAUGCUGAAAAACAUCAAGGACCCCAGAGAACUUGCCCAAUGUGGAAGCUCAUCAGAAAAUGCUGUCUGCAGCGCUGAAUGUUUGAUGGAUAAUAUUAAGAAGAGGAUAAAGAAGCCAUGAAGGGUUAUUUUCUGCUAUCUGAUUACCAGCAGGAGCAGUAACAGUAACAGACAGUUUGAAUAUUUGUGAAUCAGUUCACAUUUAUUCCACACAAGAGAAUUAGGUACCUUCUCAAUAUAUGUUCUACUCUAGCCAUCCUGUUGUUAGUCAGUGGGUCAAUAAACCGUUUCAUGCUAUUUGUUAACAACAGCAUGUGCAAAAAUGCAAACUCAGUGGUCUAUGCGCGGCACAGAGUUUAAUGGGAGCUAAAUAGUGUCAGUUUACUGGCGGAUUUGGCAGAGAAUGAAGUUAAACGGGUCAGGAUUUAGAGCGAUGGAUUAUCCUGAUAGGGCGAUCUUCCUGGUUUUUCUUUCAACAAAUGUAGGUAAUUUGCUGCUGGGCCUGAGACUGGAGCUGGAGUUGGGAGAGCUCAACAUCAUCCGGACGGAUAAUUGCUGGUCAGUUUUCUCCAGAUUUCACAGUACGUUGGAGUUCGUCAUCGGAGUUCGCGGGGUUUGGGAAUUUUUUAUUGAGCCGGAACAGUUGCUUUCAGCUUUGGGGCGGACCAACAAGUGAAGCUCUCUAUUUGGAGGAAAGUCGCUGCACCAUUGGUCUCCCAUGGUCUGCUCAGUGAGGGAUGAUGGCAUAUAGUUUAUUCAGGUCGGGACAACUAAACAGCAAUUAAAUUUAAUUAUUUUGAAUUUAUUUUUUAUUUAUCUUAUUACAUAACUGGGGCGGUCCUAGUGCAGAGCAAUUUGGUGAAGUUUUUUAUGUGAUUUUCGUGGGGAAGAGUGCUUGGAGCCUCUAUUAUUAAUUUAUUUUGUUCGAAGAAUAAUCCUUCUUUGUCAUAGCGGGUUCUAUUAAUCGGCUAUAACCUAGAGAGGCCAUCUAUGUUCUAGAUGUAUUUUUGGCAAAGCACGAAUUACUACAAAUUAGCGGGCCGUUGGUGUCUAUAUCGCCAUCUACAUUGAGUCAUGAAAUGGCUUUUCAUUAUUAAUAUUGAUUUUUUUACCAACAA